CCUAAGUCUGCGGCUGUCUUUCACUUUCCGUUAUAAAAGAUUCAUGUUUGAAAAAGGACGGAUUUAUACAUUUAUUGGGGAGGUGGUUGUUUCCAUGAAUCCGUACAAAAACUUGAACAUCUAUGGGCGUGACAUGAUUGAGCAGUACAAAGGAAGGGAAUUGUACGAGAGGCCUCCUCACCUCUUUGCCAUUGCUGAUGCCGCUUACAAAGCAAUGAAGAGGCGAUCAAAAGACACCUGUAUUGUAAUAUCAGGUGAAAGCGGGGCUGGGAAAACUGAGGCCAGUAAAUAUAUUAUGCAGUACAUAGCAGCCAUUACCAACCCCGGACAGAGGGCUGAGGUGGAAAGAGUGAAGAACAUACUGCUGAAAUCCAACUGUGUGUUAGAGGCCUUUGGCAAUGCCAAAACAAACCGUAAUGACAAUUCCAGCAGGUUUGGAAAAUAUAUGGAUAUCAACUUUGAUUUUAAAGGAGACCCAAUAGGUGGGCAUAUCAAUAAUUACCUAUUAGAAAAGUCUCGUGUGAUUGUGCAGCAGCCAGGAGAACGAAGCUUUCAUUCUUUUUACCAGCUCCUCCAGGGUGGUUCUGACCAGAUGUUACGUUCUCUACAUCUUCAGAAGGAUGCAUCUGCAUACAACUAUAUCUGUCCUGGAGCACAGCUAAAGUGUUCCAUCAGUGACGGUGCAGAGUUCAAAGCAGUAGCUGAUGCCAUGAAAGUGAUAGGCUUCAAGCAAGAGGAGAUUCAGACUGUCUACAAAAUUGUGGCAGCCAUUCUUCACUUGGGGAACUUGAAGUUUUCUGUGGAUGGGGAUACGCCUGUAAUAGAAAACAGCAAGGUUGUGUCGAUCAUCGCAGAUUUACUGUCAACAAAAUCUGACAUGGUGGAGAAGGCUCUUUUGUUUCGAACUGUAGCUACAGGUCGGGAUGUCAUUGACAAACAGCAUACUGAACAAGAAGCCACCUACGGCAGAGAUGCCUUUGCAAAAGCUAUAUAUGAGCGCCUCUUUUGUUGGAUUGUGACACACAUCAAUGAUGUGAUUGAAGUGAAGAAUUAUGACACUACAAUACAUGGGAAAAACACAGUCAUUGGCGUCCUGGAUAUCUAUGGCUUCGAAAUAUUUGACAAUAACAGUUUUGAGCAGUUUUGCAUUAAUUACUGCAAUGAAAAACUACAGCAGCUCUUUAUUCAGCUGGUUCUAAAGCAGGAGCAGGAAGAAUACCAGCGAGAGGGAAUUCCCUGGAAGCAUAUUGAUUACUUCAACAAUCAGGUCAUUGUCGACCUGGUAGAGCAGCAGCACAAAGGGAUCAUUGCCAUUCUGGAUGAUGCCUGCAUGAAUGUUGGAAAAGUUACAGAUGAGAUGUUCCUCGAGGCUCUUAAUAACAAGCUAGGGAAGCAUGCUCAUUUCUCCAGCAGAAAGCUCUGUGCAACUGACAAAACGCUGGAGUUUGACAGAGACUUUCGAAUCAAGCACUAUGCUGGAGAUGUGAUUUACUCAGUCACUGGAUUUAUUGACAAAAACAAGGACACUUUAUUUCAAGACUUCAAGCGCCUCAUGUACAACAGCUCUAACCCUGUGUUGAAGAUGAUGUGGCCUGAAGGCAAACUGAGCAUCACUGAGGUAACCAAGAGACCUCUGACAGCUGCUACUCUUUUUAAGAACUCCAUGAUUGCACUAGUGGACAACCUGGCAUCGAAGGAGCCCUAUUAUGUCCGUUGCAUUAAGCCCAAUGAUAAGAAGUCACCACAGCUUUUUGACGAGGAGCGUUGCAGGCAUCAGGUUGAAUACCUUGGCCUCUUGGAGAACGUGAGAGUCCGCCGAGCAGGCUUUGCCUACCGCCAAACGUACGAGAAGUUUCUUCACAGGUACAAGAUGAUCUCAGAAUUCACUUGGCCAAACCAUGACCUCCCUUCAGACAAAGACGCUGUGAGGAAGCUCAUAGAGUGUCACGGAUUUCAGCACGACGUUGCUUAUGGCAAGACCAAGAUUUUCAUCCGCACGCCUCGAACUCUGUUCACCUUGGAGGAUCUGCAUGCCAAGAUGCUUGUGAGGAUUGUCCUCUUCCUACAGAAGGUUUGGAGGGGCACUUUGGCUCGCCUUCGCUAUAAGAGGACAAAGGCUGCCCUCACCAUUAUCAGGUAUUACCGCCGCUACAAAGUGAAGGCCUACAUCCAUGAGGUCGCCCGACGCUUUCACAACGUGAGGCUAAUGAAGGAUUAUGGCAAACACGUGCAGUGGCCCACUCCACCGAAAGUGCUGCGCCGAUUUGAAGAGGCACUACAGAACAUUUACCAUAGGUGGAGAGCCGGUGAACUCAUCCGGAGCGUCCCACCAGAAGUCCUACCUCAGCUGAGGGCCAAGGUUGCUGCCAUGGAAGUGCUGAAGGGUCACAGAGCUGAUAUUGGCCUACAAAGAGCAUGGGAGGGGAAUUACAUCGCACUGAAACCAGAUAACCCUCAGACCACGGGCUCUUUCAUCCCUGUUGCCAAUGAGCUGAAACGGAAAGACAAGUACAUGAACGUUCUCUUCUCCUGUCACGUCCGCAAGGUCAAUCGCUUUAAUAAGGUGGAGGACAGAGCUAUCUUCAUUACUGAUCGGCACCUUUAUAAGAUGGACCCUAUGAAGCAGUACAAAGUGAUGAAGACCAUCCCCCUCUAUAAUUUGAUAGGAUUGAGUGUCUCCAAUGGAAAGGACCAGCUCGUGGUCUUCCACACGAAAGACAACAAGGAUCUCAUUGUCUGUCUCUUCAGCAAAGAGCCCUCUAAUGACAGCAGGAUUGGAGAGCUGGUGGGAGUCCUGGCAAGCCACUUCAAGAGUGAGAAACGGGCUCUGCAAGUCAGCGUCACCAACCCGGUCCAGUGCAGCCUGCACGGGCGGAAAUGCACCGUCUCCGUGGAAACCAAGAUUAACCAAUCCCAACCGGAUUUCACCAAGCAUCGUUCCGGUUUCAUCCUCUGCGUGCCGGGGAAUUAGCAUCCCCCCCUCCCCUGCUCGGCACAGCGAGCCCGGAGAGAGCGAGUGAAGGAAAGAGGGGCUGGGGCUUUGAUCCCCCUCCCCACACCUUGGACUUUCCAAGGGGAUUAAUUUAGAGAUGCUCAGCUGUGACUUGGUCAUGCGCCUAAAAAGACCUCUAAAGCUAGAGGUUUACCAAACCCAAAUUCAGGAGAGGGUUUUACUACCACAUGCAAUAGAGGCUUAAAAUAGCCUGUGACCUGUAUCCAUCUUACAAAACAGGCCAGAAUAUCAGGAAAGUGCUUCCGAAUUAAUCCAAACAAAAAGCAUCUAUAGGUACUUACACCCUUUCCUACAUUUGAUUUCUUAAACCCUCUCCACUAUUCCCUUCUGUGUUUCUUUUUUAUGUCAUUUUUUUGCAAUAUUAUGCAGCCUCCACCGGAGGAACCAAAGAUACCCGGCUCAGGGAGUCUGGUUCUGUAAGACCAAAUCCCGAUGGAACUGGAGCCAGGUUUGGGGAGGAGGGCUGCCUUCCCAUGCCGGGGAGACGCUGCUGGGAUGGUACCUGGACACACACCUCUAGACUUGCUACUUUCCUGCCUGGAAUUCAUUAACCCAGCAAGGCACCUGCCUGGAAACAGCUCCACCAGCAGAAAGGGGAGUGGGAUUCACAGUGCAGAGGUUUUAUUUUUUUUAAUCCUGCAUUGCUUUUGCCUUAAUUACCCUCUCCAGUGACCUAAAAUCCAGUGGCCUUGCUGAAUUUUUAAAUGAUCCACGUGGCUUCGUGUCAGUGCCAGCGCCGAGGGUCAGGGGGUGACGAGGACCCGCUGCCCGUGGCGGCCACACAAGGAGCCGGGGGGGCCGAGGCCACGGCUCCCUCGCUUUGCACUAUUCAACCUUCGCUCCGGGCACGUCCGUCUGCGCCAGGCGAGGGGCAGCAGCACAAACCCCCCCCACGCACAUCCAGGCCCUUCCCUUUGGAGGGUUGCCCCGGGUGUUG